AUGGCCAUCGAAGUUUUCACAUUCCCAACUCCAAACAAUUUCAAAGUUCUUUCAGCUUUAGAAGCUUUGAACCUUGAAUAUAAAAUCCACAAAGUUGAUAUCACAAAAGGUGAACAACACCAAGAACAGUUUAAAUCUGUCAACCCAUGUGAAGUCACUCCAGCUAUCAAAGACGGUGAUUUAAAUUUGGCUGAAUCUGCAAAUAUUUUGGAAUAUUUGGUUUCUAAAUAUGAUAAAGAACAAAAACUUUCUUACCCAGAAACUUCUGAUUUAUAUUGGAAAUUGAAACAAUUCUUAUACUACCAUGCCACCGGUGUUUCAGCUACACAAGAUAAGAUUUUCGUCUUUUCAAUGUUCCAUAAAGAUGUUGUUGGUGCUGUUGAAGCAUUACAAGGAUCUGUAAAAAACUAUUACAACAAAUUGGAAGAAUUUUUAGCUAAAAAUGGUACCGGUUAUUUUAUUGGUGAUAAAUUAACAAUUGCUGAUAUUAUUGCUUAUCCACAUGCUGCUAUCGCUGAUCAUCAUGGUGUUGAUUUGGAAACCUUACCAAACUUGAAAGCUUGGAAAGAAAAACUUUCUCAAGAAUCAUUCAUCAAAAAAGCCUAUGCUAACUUUGCUUGA